GAAGAUAUGUAAUAAUUUCGUCUUUAGAUAUGGCCGACAGAAGUCGCGUGGAGUUGGGAUUGUUGUCCUCCAUCAGCCUGAUGGCAUCGUACUCCUUCUUCCUCCUCCUCCUCCUCCUCCUCCUCCAGCCACUGCGGUCCCUUAGCUGCUAUUCCGCUAUAUUUAGCUUCGGCGACUCGCUCACCGACACAGGAAACGCAGUCUACUUCGCUGGCGGAGCUGAUCCGGCGAACCGUCUCCCCUACGGCGAGACAUACUUCCGUCGACCCGCUGGCCGAUACUCCGACGGCCGGAUCGUGCUCGACUUCUUGGCCCAAGCCCUGGGGCUGCCGCUGGUGCCACCGUACGACGCAGGACACAACCCCGAAGCUUCGGAUUUCGCAAGCGGAGCCAACUUCGCGGUCGCAGGAGCGUCCGCCCUCAGCCCUCUCUACUACCAGGCGAAGGGUCUUAAUGUCUCAGGGGAAGAUUACUCCUUGGACACGCAGCUCAAAUGGUUCCGACAAAUGCUCCAGUUUUCUCAUAUCGGUGAUACUCUUGACGAUGCGCUCUUCUUCGUCGGCGAGAUCGGGGUGAACGACUACAAUAACCUCCUGUCGAUGGAUGGAACAUCCGUGGAUUGCGCCCGUUGGCUCGUCCCCUCCAUCGUGCAGAGAAUUGGUUCCGCGAUUGAUGAGUUACUGCAAACGGGAGCACGGACGGUGAUGGUUGCAGGGAUGUUUCCACUCGGCUGCAUUCCUCUCUUCUUGACCAUGUUCCUCGGGCAGCAAUCGGAUGCAUACGAACCAGAAACAGGGUGCCUCAAGUCACUGAACCUCCUGUCGCAGUACCACAACCUCCUGUUGCAGCACGAGCUCGGACAAAUUCAGAAAGCAAAUCCACGUUCCAAAAUCAUCUACGCGGAUUUCUACGACAACUUGAUGUCUGUUUAUAGAUCUCCGGAACAAUUUGGGAUUAAGUCGACUGUGGUGGCAUGUUGCGGCGGGGAGGGGCCAUAUAACUUCAGCUUUUCCGUUAUGUGCGGCGAUCCAACAUCCAGAUGGUGCAGCCGCCCAUUGAACUACAUGUGUUGGGAUGGUAUGCACUUCACCGAGGCUGCUUCCCGAGUAAUUGCCAGAAACAUUAUUGAUGGAUCAUCUGCCCACUUUUCCAACUCCACAAAAAUGCUUGCUGAUACUUGAUCGAGUGAGCAGGCGUGGAGGUCAGAAGGGGAAGGUAGAAUAAGGUGAGAGGGUAAUUUUAUAUAUCCAAAUGGUAAUCGUAUAGAAGAAACUAUAAUUAUUUCUUCAAUUUCGUAUCUACGUGAGAUCCUACAAUAAUAAUUUCUUCAGUUUCACUCUUUACACAGAUAAAA